AUCAAAGUUGUGACUUGUGAGGAAGGAAGAACCGAGCAAAGGCCAGGACGCUUCCCAAACGCAGGCGAGGACUUUGCCCCUCGCUUCGUCAAAAUUGCUCUCUUCUCCUCUUCGUGCGGAGAGACAAAUUCAUCAAACCGGUUACUUACUUCCUACGAGUUCUGGAAUAGGGUACAGCCAAAUGGAUCAGAUAUUGAACAAGGUGGGGUCGUACUGGUUCAGCCGAAGGGCCAACAAGGAGAUCGAUUCCGUUGGCGAUGAUCUCAAUUCUCUGUCAAACAGUAUUGGAGAAGGAACAAAAUGGUUCGUCAACAAAUUAAAAGGAAAAAUGCAAAAGCCAUUGACAGAGUUGCUUAAGGAGCAUGAUCUUCCAGUGGGGAUAUUUCCUCGUGAUGCAACGAACUAUGAAUUUAACGAAGCGACAAGGAAGCUCAUUGUUUACAUUCCUCAAGUGUGUGAAGUAGGCUACAGGGAUUCAUCUGUGUUGCGGUUCUUUACCACCGUGACUGGUUAUCUGGAGAAAGGAAAGCUUGCAGAUGUUGAAGGAAUAAAAACAAAGGUAUUGAUCUGGGCAAAAGUGACGGCCAUCUCUUCUGAGGGACCCAAGGUCCAUUUCACAGCUGGAAUGAAGAAAACAAGGAGCAGGGAAGCGUACGAGGUUUCCAGGGAUGGAGUAAUUGUGGAUAAAUUCUGAACUUGAGAUCCUCUUAUUGUUACUGGCAUGAUACACUAUAAAACCCAUAUCUGUUCUUUUGCACUUUUUUGCUCUCCUUUUUCACAGUUGGUUAUUGUAAGUAUUAUGGUAGAUCUGUAUUCCAAGGAGUGCUAUUAGAUAUGUUGUGAUCAAGCGAAACAUCUAUUUGAUUCUUCCUGUGA